AUGUAUGUACGUGUACCAUGUGCGUCCCUGAUGCCCAUGGAUAUGACAUCGGAUCCUGUGGAACUGGAGUUUCGUGUAGUUGAAAGCGUCCGUGUGGCUAGUGGUGGGUACGAUCUCAACCUCUUUACCAGCCCUCCUGACUACAACUUCCUGUGUUCCGUCUGCCAUGGGGUUCUCAAGAAGCCAAUGAGGUUGCCAUGCAGUCACAUCUUCUGCAAAAAGUGCAUCUUCCAGUGGCUAGCCAGACAAAAUUCCUGUCCAUGCUGUAGACAAGAGGUGAAAAGAAGAAAGAUGGUCCAAGUGAAUAAACUCCGGAAAACCAUUGGUCGCCUACAAGUCAAGUGCAAGAACGCUGCAGCUGGCUGCUUGGUGACAUGUCCUCUGGCUCAUCGCAAGAGUCACCAAAACUCAUGCCCCUUCGAGCUGAUGACCUGCCCCAAUGAGGGCUGCACUGCACGGAUUCUGCGUGGGGUCCUGGAUGAACACCGCCAGCAUUGCCAGCAGGAUGGCCAACAGCGCUGCCCCUUAGGCUGUGGAGCAACUUUGGCUGCCUCGGAGGGUGAGCAACACAACUGCUACCGUGAGCUCCGUGAUGCUUGGGUAGAGCGCCAUGAGCGCAACCGGACCCUGCUACUGAGCCUGCUGAGGCGUGUGCGCCGGGUGCACCACACCACCAACAUCAUCCGCCGGCAGCUGGCACAGCUGGGCAACUUCCUGGAGGAUGACUCCCUGCUUCUGAGUUCCAGGGCACAGGAAACUGAGGUUGCCCCGGAGGCUGAGAUGUGGGGUGUGCAGGGCCAAGGUGUCUUAUAAAGAAGUUAUAUAGACGCUAAGCCCAGGCCUAGCCCACCUCAUAUUCUGUGUGUGCUGUGUUCUUUGUUGUCCUUGUCACCUCUGCUAACCUUCCAUAUCAGACAAUGGCAUUUUCCUCCCCCGGACUUUUUUUUCUCUGACUGGAUCUACCACUGAGUAGACCCUGCAAAGCUGUUCCCUUCUUCAUGAACUCACUCUUCUUCCCACUUUUCUCUCAUCCUAAUAGCUUCCUAGCUAGUUACACAAAUAACUCAAUACUCUAAAUCAAGAGUAGAUGCCGUGUCAUUUGGUGGCAGUACAUACUUUUAAUCUCAGCACUGGGGAGGCAGAAGCAGGAUGAUCUCUGAGUUUGAGGCCAGAUAAACCCUGUCUGAAAAAACUAACUAACAAAAAACAAAACAAAACCACUGGCUGAUCUUCUAGAGGACCUGGAUUUCAUUCCCAGGUUUGAUUCCCAGCAUCCAGCUGUUAAUAUAAUCUGUAACUCUAGUCCAGGGGUCCAGGGGAACUUAUGCUUUCUUCUGGCUUCCACAGAGAUGCAAGAAAAAAAAAGGUGUAGUCCAAUUAUUGACCCAUCAUUAUGUGGGUGGUCAGUAUAUCCUGUAAGGUGGUCUGACAUGCUUUUAGAAUUUGAGAUCUCUUUCCAGAAGACAAACUAUGCCUCUGGAGGCAGGAUCUCUAUGCUGUCCUUGCUGUACUAAAACAUUAUGUAGACCAGGCUGUCUACAAGGAUCUACAAGGAUCCUAGCCCCUCUUCCAAGUCCUGGGAUUAAAGGCAUGUACCACCAUGCCUGGCCACAAGUAGCUCUGUAAAUUGACUUCAUGUUUGUCAAUGUUUUUCUUGUUUUGACAUAGGAUUUCUUUGUGUAUCUCUGACUGUUCAGGAACUCACUUGUAGACCAGGCUUGCCUCAAACUCAGAGAUCCACCUGUCUCUGCCUCCUGAGUGCUGGUAUUAAAGG